AUGCCCUUUGGAUUGAAGAAUGCCGGUGCUACAUACCAAUAUGCCAUGACCUCCAUUUUCCAAAGAUAUGUGCGGAAGACUGUAGAAUGUUAUGUAGAUGACUUGGUCGUUAAAAGUCAUGACAAGGGAAACCAUUUAAACGACUUGAAAACAAUGUUCGACCUCACGCGGACACAUCAACUUAAGAUGAACCCGACCAAGUCAUUUUUAGGAAUGGCUAGUGGUAAAUUCCUUGGGUUCGUGGUCACAGCUAGCGGAAUUCGUCUUGACCCGGACAAAGUCAAAGCCAUCCGAGAGCUGCCACCUCCUAAAAAUCUCAAAGAGCUUCAGGGUUUACAAGGAAGAUUGGCAUACAUUCGCAGGGUCAUUUCUAACCUAUCAGAUCAUGCAUUGGCAGGACUCUUAGCACAAGAUGAUGAAAAUGGCCAUGAGCAAGCUGUCUACUAUCUCAGUAGGACUUUAUCAGGUGCUGAACCUCCUUAUCCUCUUAUUGAGAAAGAAUGUUUGGCACUGGUCUUCAUGAUAGUGAAAGGUCAAGCUAUUUGUGACCUUAUGGCUAACCAUCCAUUGAAGGGGAAGGUAGAAUUGUAUCAGGACAUAUCAGAUGAGACAUAUGAAGCCAAUGUUGUUUCUAAAGAGCAGCACUUAGAAGCAUCUGGCAACUCACAACUCGUCGUUAAUCAGAUGAAGGGAGAAUAUGAGAUUAGAAAUGAGGAUCUCAUCCCUUAUCAUACAGCAGCGAUCGCAUUGGCUGAAUCUUUUGAGGGUUUCUACAUUGACUAUGUACCCCAUCUCAAGAAUACUUAUGCCGAUGCAUUAGCAUCGUUUGCGGCCACAUUAGCUCAACCUGAAGGAGCUACUCAACAAAUCACCGUGAUGAGCAAACAUUUGUUCAAGUCAAAGUAUGCAUUGCAGAUCAACGUGAUUGAAGAUGAGCCUACAAUGCUCGAACCUAAAGAUUGGCGAUUUUCGAUCAUUGAUUAUGUCUUAUAUGGAUUAUUACCUGAAGACAUCAAGGAAAGAAAAUCAUUCAUAGAUGAGCACCUAGAUUAUAUUACGAUUCCCAAUCCCAGAUUUUAUACUAAAGGUCGUAUGACGGACUAUUGCUUCGCUGUUUAUCAAAUAGAGAAGCAAAAGAAGCUCUUAAAGAAGCUCAUGAUGGCAUCUGUGGGGCUCAUUAGCCUGACCCUAAAUUGUGGGAUCAACUACGCAGAUUAG